AUGACCAUUUCUUCCCUUUCCUACUUACUCCUUUUCUCCAUAACUCUAACGACAACGAGCAUCUCCGUCCGAGUCCACGGCCAGUGCCUCGAGGAUCAAAAGGCCGCGUUGCUUGAGCUGAAGCGCGGCUGGAAAUUCGACCCUUCGUAUUCCAAGAAACUAGUGCAUUGGAAUGAGACCUAUGACUGUUGCAGCUGGGGUGGUGUGGAUUGUAAUAAUGUCACAGGCACAGUUCAAGGGUUGUAUCUUUCAAAUGAGUCCAUUUCUGGUGAAAUCCACACCUCUUCAAGUAUUUUCAGUUUAGGGUCUCUGUUGUUCCUAGAACUGGAUAAUAACUCAUUGCGCGGCGCAAUUCCCCGCCGUCUGUUCAACCUUUGGUCCGUCACGCUCUCGAACAACUUGUUCGACAACAUUUCCCAACCAGAAAGCUAUGCGUCUCCCCCUCCUCCAACAGGUCCUUUUGUUAUUGCUACCAAUUUUUCAGUGCCUACUGUUUUCUUAUCUCUUGCUAAUAACCGUUUAAGUGGAAAAAUCCCGACCUUCUUCUGCGAAGGCCUACCCACCAUCCAAGGCCUCGAUUUGUCAUUCAACAACUUCAGUGGCAGCAUACCUCGCUGUCUACUCCGAAAUCCGUAUAUACGGAUGCUCAACUUGAAGGCGAAUAAACUCAACGGCAGCAUCCCGGAUCAGUUCGGCAAUUGUGCUCUUACAACGUUAGACGUGAGCCACAACGGCUUAACUGGGGAGAUCCCCAAGUCCAUUGCAAGCUGUGAAUCCUUACAGGUUCUGAAUGUUGGAUACAAUAACUUGGAUGGUUUUUUCCCAUGCAUGCUUCCUCCGAGUUUGCACGUUCUCGUGUUGCAUGUCAACAGAUUCCGCGGAGAGGUGAGGUGCGACAUGAGCUGA